AAGCUCAAAUGUGUGUAAAAUGUUUAGUUUAAAAAAAUAACGGCAAGUCAACUAAGAAAGUUCUAGGUUCCUUAUCAAUCGAGGGGCGUUAGCCCGAUGUCCGAUUGUUAUGGAAGGCAGCACGGAUCCUGCAGAGUUUCGGGAGAGCGCAUCAGACGGAAAGCGCGUUCACGUGGCCAUAUUCAUACAUGCGCAGGCUCCAGCUGCACACCGGGAGCAACCCUGAGCUGAGAGAGCGUUCUCUUCCCCCUGACAGUCUUCAGCAAUCGCUUUAUUUGUUUUUGCAUCACAUUUUGUUAUCACAGACUCACUGACGACGCAGAAUGAUGCGGUGUCUUUCCGAGCUCCGUGCAUUCUGAGGGCCGCACACAGAUCCACCUUGCACCGGCAUAAAGACAGUCCGCUGUCCGCACCGAUAUUUUUUACUGGCAGUCAGCCCAGGACGGAAUGUCAAGCAGCCCCGAAGGAAGUCGCUCCGGGGGCGGCGGCUGCGGCUCCGACCGCGACUCCAAACGGGCCUCCUCGAGCAACACGUCCCCAGAGGGCGGACCUCCACCGCCGCUGCACCAGAACCGCAUACGGCAGUCCGACAGUAACACCAGUUUCCUUCGGGCUGCCCGAGCCGGGAACACUGACAAAGUCCUUGAAUUCCUCAAAAACGGAGUAGACAUCUGCACCUGCAACCAGAAUGGUCUCAAUGCAUUACAUCUGGCAGCUAAAGAGGGACACAAAGAUUUAGUAGAAGAACUCCUGCAAAGAGGAGCCUCCGUUGACUCAGCUACCAAGAAAGGAAACACUGCCCUCCAUAUUGCCUCUCUGGCUGGACAAAAAGAAGUAGUCAGGCUGUUGGUGAACAGAGGGGCAGAUGUUAAUGCUCAGUCACAGAAUGGCUUCACGCCACUCUACAUGGCGGCACAGGAAAAUCAUCUGGAUGUGGUGCGAUACUUGCUGGAAAAUGAAGGAAACCAAAGCAUUGCAACAGAAGAUGGCUUUACCCCUCUUGCGAUCGCCCUCCAACAGGACCAUAACUCGGUGGUCUCACUGCUUUUGGAGCAUGACACGAAGGGUAAGGUUCGCCUGCCCGCCCUGCACAUAGCCGCCCGCAAAGACGACACCAAGUCUGCUGCCCUCCUGCUCCAGAAUGACCACAAUGCUGAUGUGCAGUCAAAGAUGAUGGUCAAUAGAACAACAGAGAAUGGGAAGAGUGGUUUCACCCCCCUGCACAUCGCUGCUCAUUAUGGUAACGUGAACGUCUCCACUCUGCUACUGAACAGAGGAGCUGCUGUUGACUUCACGGCCCGGAAUGAGAUAACACCUCUUCAUGUGGCCUCCAAGAGAGGAAACACCAACAUGGUGGCUUUGCUUUUGGAUCGAGGGGCUCAAAUAGAUGCUAAAACAAGGGAUGGUCUGACACCUCUGCACUGUGCUGCUAGGAGUGGACAUGACUCGGCCCUGGAGCUUUUGCUGGAAAGAGGAGCCCCCAUUUUAGCUAGAACUAAGAACGGAUUGUCCCCACUACACAUGUCAGCCCAGGGAGACCACAUAGAGUGUGUGAAACUCCUGCUACAACACAAGGCACCUGUUGAUGACGUUACACUAGAUUACCUCACCGCGCUGCAUGUCGCAGCUCACUGUGGCCACUACAGAGUCACCAAGCUCCUCCUUGACAAGAAGGCCAAUCCUAACACCAGGGCGCUGAAUGGAUUUACUCCUCUCCAUAUUGCUUGCAAGAAGAAUCGAGUGAAGGUGAUGGAGCUGCUUAUUAAAUAUGGCGCUUCCAUCCAGGCCAUCACAGAGUCCGGUUUGACGCCUAUCCAUGUAGCAGCUUUCAUGGGUCACCUCAACAUCGUUCUGCUCCUACUGCAGAACGGAGCCUCUCCUGAUGUCCGCAACAUUCGUGGGGAGACAGCACUCCACAUGGCAGCACGGGCAGGUCAGAUGGAAGUGGUCCGCUGUUUGUUGAGAAACGGAGCUCUGGUUGAUGCUAUGGCCAGGGAGGACCAGACACCCCUCCACAUCGCUUCUCGUUUGGGUGAAACCGAUAUCGUCCAGCUGCUGCUGCAGCACAUGGCCCACCCGGACGCUGCCACCACCAAUGGCUACACUCCUCUCCACAUUUCAGCCAGGGAGGGUCAGAUGGAGACGGCGGCAGUGCUGCUGGAGGCCGGAGCCUCGCAUUCACUGGCCACCAAGAAAGGAUUCACUCCCUUACAUGUAGCAGCAAAAUAUGGAAGCCUUGAUGUAGCAAAACUUCUCCUUCAACGCAAAGCGCUUCCUGAUGAUGCUGGCAAGAAUGGCUUGACCCCAUUACAUGUAGCAGCUCAUUAUGACAACCAGGAGGUGGCUCUGCUGCUGCUGGAUAAGGGGGCAUCACCGCAUGCCACUGCAAAGAAUGGCUACACCCCGCUUCAUAUUGCAGCCAAAAAAAACCAGACCAACAUUGCAUUAGCACUGCUGCAGUACGGAGCAGAGACCAACGUUUUGACCAAGCAGGGAGUCAGUCCCCUGCACCUGGCAGCCCAAGAGGGACACGCCGAGAUGGUCAGCCUGCUGCUGCACAAAGGAGCUCACGUCAACCGUGGAACCAAGAGCGGACUCACUCCUUUGCAUCUCAUAGCCCAGGAGGACAGGGUGAAUGCGGCGGAAGUUCUGGCCAAACAUGAUGCGAACCUGGACCAGCAAACUAAACUCGGAUACACUCCUCUAAUAGUGGCGUGUCAUUAUGGAAAUGUCAAAAUGGUUAACUUCCUGCUACAGCAGGGCGCCAGCGUCAAUGCGAAAACCAAGAAUGGUUACACACCACUUCAUCAGGCAGCACAACAAGGGAACACACACAUAGUAAAUGUUUUGCUGCAACACGGGGCCAGACCCAACACAACUACACUAAAUGGGAACACUGCUCUGUCCAUCGCUAAACGCCUGGGUUACAUCUCUGUGGUGGACACACUGAAAGUUGUCACAGAAGAAAUCAUCACCACCACAAUGACGGUGACAGAGAAACACAAACUCAACGUUCCAGAGACCAUGACGGAGAUCCUAGAUGUAUCAGAUGAGGAAGGUGAGGACACGAUGACGGGGGAUGGAGGGGAGUACCUGAGAGCAGAGGACAUAUGGAAACUGCAGGACGACUCUCUGCCUGAACAUUUUCUGGACAGCUUCAGCUACAUAAGCCACAACCUGGACAGGUCCCAGCGCACUCCUAUUCACCAAAGCUUUCAUCAGAGAGAAGAAGUUCUCAUUGAAGACAUACUGUCAAGCCACCAGAUGUCAGCGUUGUCUAGAGAGCACGACAAGGAAACUUUCCGUCUGAGCUGGGGUGCUGAACACCUUGAUAAUGUCAUGCUGUCCUCCAGUCUGCUACACUCCGGCCGUUCCUCUCCAUGCCUAGACCAUGACAACAGCAGUUUCCUGGUUAGCUUUAUGGUUGAUGCCAGAGGCGGAGCUAUGCGUGGUUGCCGUCACAACGGCCUACGGAUCAUUGUGCCGCCAAGGAAGUGUUCGGCACCAACGCGUGUGACAUGCAGGCUGGUUAAGAGACAUCGCUUGGCCUCGAUGCCCCCCAUGGUGGAGGGUGAGGGGCUCGCUGGUCGCAUCAUAGAGGUCGGACCGACCGGAGCUCAAUUCCUGGGUAAGCUCCACCUUCCCACUGCUCCGCCCCCUCUGAAUGAGGGCGAGAGCCUGGUCAGUCGCAUCCUGCAGCUGGGUCCUCCAGGAACAAAGUUCCUCGGGCCCGUGAUUGUAGAGAUUCCUCAUUUUGCCGCUCUACGGGGCACUGAGAGGGAACUUGUGAUCUUGCGGAGUGAAACUGGAGAUAACUGGAAAGAACACCACUGUGACUUCACUGAGGAGGAGCUGAACCAAAUCCUCAAUGGCAUGGACGAAAAGCUUGAUUCCCCUGAAGAACUUGAAAAGAAGAGAAUUUGCCGGAUCAUCACCAGAGACUUCCCACAGUAUUUUGCUGUGGUAUCAAGGAUAAAGCAGGACAGCCAUCUGAUUGGUCCAGAGGGUGGCGUGCUCAGUAGUACUCUAGUGCCCCAAGUUCAGGCUGUCUUCCCUGAAGGUGCCCUCACUAAGAAGAUCAGAGUCGGGCUACAGGCUCAGCCCAUUGAUGUGGAGCUGGUGAAAAGGAUUCUUGGCAACAAAGCCACUUUUAGCCCAAUUGUUACGUUAGAGCCGAGACGGAGGAAGUUCCAUAAACCAAUCACCAUGACAAUCCCAAUUCCCAAAAGCUCCAACACCGAUGGGCAUACUGUGUUCAGUGGGGAGACCCCCACUUUACGUUUGCUCUGCAGUAUAACAGGUGGAACCACACCCGCCCAAUGGGAGGACAUCACUGGCUCCACACCGCUCACCUUUGUUAACCAAUGUGUUUCCUUCACCACCAAUGUGUCAGCAAGGUUCUGGCUCAUAGAUUGCAGACAGAUCCAGGAGUCUGUUAAUUUUGGGACACAGCUGUACAGAGAAAUCAUCUGCGUACCCUACAUGGCUAAGUUUGUCAUCUUUGCCAAAACGCUUGACCCCAUUGAGGCGCGGCUGCGGUGUUUCUGCAUGACAGACGACAAGAUGGACAAAACCUUGGAGCAGCAAGAGAACUUCACUGAAGUAGCACGCAGCCGCGAUGUUGAGGUGCUGGAGGGAAAACCAAUAUAUGCAGACUGCUUCGGAAACCUUGUACCUCUUACCAAGAGUGGACAACACCACAUGUUCAGUUUCUUUGCCUUCAAAGAGAACAGACUGGCACUUUUUAUUAAAAUUCGAGAUACUGCCCAGGAGCCCUGUGGUCGUUUGUCCUUCGCUAAGGAACCACGCACAUACCGAAGUCUUCAUCACAAUGCUAUCUGCAACCUUAACAUCACUCUUCCGACAUACUCAAAGGAGUCUGACUCAGACCAAGAUGGGGAAGAUGAGAGUGAGAAGAGUGAUAAGAAAUGUAAGUUUUCAUUCAGUAAUAUUUUUUCCAACCUUUUAUAUUUGAAACACAUAAAUGUUACAUUUUUAAAUAAUAGCAUUAAGCCCAGAAAGAUGGCUUUAUAUGAGACCAAACUGUGUUCAGUUAUUUGUCAUAAAGCAAUCAUUAAAAUUCUAAAUAGUGACCUGGAUGAAUAUGUCAAAGAAAUGCCAGCGACAAGACAAAGCAGUCCUGAGGAAGAUCUUGUCAAUGAGAUCUGCAAAGAAAGAAAACUGGCAAAGGAUGAUUUAGAAGACGAUGUGGGAGUAGAGGAAAACUUGCUGACUCAUGUAGAUGGAGUCAAAGAACAAACACAAACCUCAGUUUUGGAGAUUCAGUUUGAACAGGUUUAUGUUGUGAGAAAAGGAAGCCCACAAAAGUCAGUGACUGAGAAGGAUAUGUCAAGCAUGUUAUCACAUCUGAGUACUGGCCUAGAUGAAUAUGUCACACAAAUGCCAGUGAUGACAAAAAGUAUUUCUGAGGAAGAUUUGGUCAACGAGAGCUGUAAAGAAAUAAAAUUGGCAAGGGUUAAUUCAGAAGACAAGAUCGGAAAAGGGGAAAACAUUCAACCAGAUGCACCUAGAGUCAAAGAACCUGCAGUGUUGGAAACUGCAUUUGAAGACGUUUAUGUUGAGAGAAAAGGAAGACCUCAAAAGUCAUUGACUGAAAGAGAUAUGUCAGGCUUGUUGUCAUGUCUCAGUUGUGAUCUGGAUGAGUAUUUCAAAGAAAUGCCAGCGACAAAACGAAGACAUCAUGAGGAAGAUCUGGUCAAUGAAAGCUGCAAAGAAAUAAGACUGCCAAGGGAUAAUUUAGCCGAUCAGAUUGAAGAAGAGGAAAACAUGCAGACUGAUGAAGCUGUAGCGAAAGAACAAACCAAAAUCUCUGUUUCAGAGACUGACUUUGAACAAGUUUAUUUUGUUAGAAAAGGAAGCCCGCAAAAGACAGUGACUGAGAAAGAUAUGUCAGGCAUGGUGUCACACCUCAGUAGUGACCUGGAUGAAUAUGUCAAAGAAAUGCCAGCGACAAGACAAAGCAGUCCUGAGGAAGAUCUUGUCAAUGAGAUCUGCAAAGAAAGAAAACUGGCAAAGGAUGAUUUAGAAGACGAUGUGGGAGUAGAGGAAAACUUGCUGACUCAUGUAGAUGGAGUCAAAGAACAAACACAAACCUCAGUUUUGGAGAUUCAGUUUGAACAGGUUUAUGUUAUGAGAAAAGGAAGUCCACAAAAGUCAGUGACUAAGAAGGAUAUGUCAAGCAUGUUGUCACAUCUGAGUACUGACCUAGAUGAAUACGUCACAGAAAUGCCAGCGGUGACAAAAAGUAUUUCUGAGGAAGAUUUGGUCAAUGAGAGCUGUAAAGAAAUAAAAUUGGCAAGGGAUAAUUUAGAAGACAACAUCGGAAAAGGGGAAAACAUUCAACCAGAUGCACGUAGAGUCCAAGAACACACAGUGUUGGAAACUGAAUUUGAGCAAGUUUAUGUUGAGCGAAAAGGAAGUCCUCAAAAGCCAUUGACUGAAAAAGAUAUGUCAGGCAUGUUGUCAUGUCUCAGUAGUGACCUGGAUGAGUAUUUCAAAGAAAUGCCAGCGACAAAAAAAAUACAUCAUGAGGAAGAUCUGGUCAAUGAGAGUUGCAAAGAAAUAAGACUAGCAAGGGAUAAUUUAGCAGAUCAGAUUGAAGAAGAGGAAAACGUGCAGACUGAUGAAGUUGCAGUCAAAGAACAAACCAAAAUCUCCGUUUCAGAGACUGACUUUGAACAAGUUUAUGUUGUGAGAAAAGGAAGCCCACAAAAGACAGUGACUGAGAAAGAUAUGUCAGGCAUGGUGUCACACCUCAGUAGUGACCUGGAUGAGUAUGUCAAUCAAAUGCCAGUGUCUAGACAAAGCAGUCCUGAGGAAGAUCUUGUCAAUGAGGGCUGCAAAGAAAUAAAACUGCCAAGGGAUAAUUUAGCAGACCAGACUGAAGAAGAGAAAAACAUUCAGAAUGAUGCAGUUGUAGUCAAUGAACAAACAAAACCUUCUGUUUCUGAGACAGAUUUUGAACAAGUUUAUGAUGACAAAGAAGGAAGCCUACAAAAGCAAAUGACUGAAAAAUAUAUGUCAGGCAUGUUGUUACAUCUCAGUAGUGACCUGGAUGAAUAUGUCAAAGAAAUGCCAGCGACAAGACAAAGCAGUCCUGAGGAAGAUCUUGUCAAUGAGAUCUGCAAAGAAAGAAAACUUGCAAAGGAUGAUUUAGAAGACGAUGUGGGAGUAGAGGAAAACUUGCUGACUCAUGUAGAUGGAGUCAAAGAACAAACACAAACCUCAGUUUUGGAGAUUCAGUUUGAACAGGUUUCUGUUAUGAGAAAAGGAAGUCCACAAACGUCAGUGACUGAGAAGGAUAUGUCAAGCAUGUUGUCACAUCUGAGUACUGACCUAGAUGAAUAUGUCACAGAAAUGCCAGCUAUGACAAAAAGUAUUUCUGAGGAAGAUUUGGUCAAUGAGAGCUGUAAAGAAAUAAAAUUGGCAAGGGAUAAUUUAGAAGACAACAUCGGAAAAGGGGAAAGCAUUCAACCAGAUGCACGUAGAGUCCAAGAACACACAGUGUUGGAAACUGAAUUUGAGCAAGUUUAUGUUGAGAGAAAAGGAAGCCCUCAAAAGCCAUUGACUGAAAAAGAUAUGUCAGGCAUGGUGUCACACAUCAGUAGUGACCUGGAUGAGUAUGUCAAAGAAAUGCCAGCGACAAGACAAAGCAGUCCUGAGGAAGAUCUUGUCAAUGAGAUCUGCAAAGAAAGAAAACUUGCAAAGCAUGAUUUAGAAGACGAUGUGGGAGUAGAGGAAAACUUGCUGACUCAUGUAGAUGGAGUCAAAGAACAAACACAAACCUCAGUUUUGGAGAUUCAGUUUGAACAGGUUUCUGUUAUGAGCAAAGGAAGUCCACAAAAGUCAGUGACUGAGAAGGAUCUGUCAAGCAUGUUGUCACAUCUGAGUACUGACCUAGAUGAAUAUGUCACAGAAAUGCCAGCGGUGGCAAAAAGUAUUUCUGAGGAAGAUUUGGUCAAUGAGAGCUGUAAAGAAAUAAAAUUGGCAAGGGAUAAUUUAGAAGACAACAUCGGAAAAGGGGAAAACAUUCAACCAUAUGCACGUAGAGUCCAAGAACACACAGUGUUGGAAACUGAAUUUGAGCAAGUUUAUGUUGAGAGAAAAGGAAGCCCUCAAAAGCCAUUGACUGAAAAAGAUAUGUCAGGCAUGGUGUCACACAUCAGUAGUGACCUGGAUGAGUAUGUCAAACAAAUGCCUGUGUCUAGACAAAGCAGUCCUGAGGAAAAUCUGGUCAAUGAGGGCUGCAAAGAAAUAAAACUGCCAAGGGAUAAUUUAGCAGACCAGACUGAAGAAGAGAAAAACAUUCAGAAUGAUGCAGUUGUAGUCAAUGAACAAACAAAACCUUCUGUUUCUGAGACAGAUUUUGAACAAGUUUAUGAUGACAGAGAAGGAAGCCUACAAAAGCAAAUGACUGAAAAUUAUAUGUCAGGCAUGUUGUUACAUCUCGGUAGUGACCUGGAUGAAUAUGUAAAAGAAAUGCCACUUGCAAGUCAAAGACAAGAGGAUGAUCUGGUAAAUGAGAGCUGCAAAGAGACAAAACUGGCAAGAGAUGAUUCAGAAAACCAGGUGAAAAGAGAGGAAAACUUGCAGAAACAUGUUAAAGUCAAAGAACAAACACUAUCUUCAGUUAUGGAGAUUCAGUUUGAACAAGUUUAUGUUGAGAGAAAAGAUAGUCCACAAAUGGCUGUGGCUGAGAAAAAUAUGUCAAGUUUGUUAUCCCAUCUCAGUAAUGACCUCGAUAAAUAUGCCACAGAAAUGCAAGUGACUAGACAACGUCAUCCAGAAGAGGGUCUUGUCCAUGAGAUUUGUAAAGAAAUUAAAUUGGCAAAUGAUAAACUAGAAGUCAGUAUUGAGGAAGAAACAAACCUGCAAACUGAUGUAAUUAAAGUGGAAGAUCCAACACAAGAUUUAGUUUUGGAGACUCCUUACCAACAAGUUUACAUGGAAAGACAGGCCCAUCCUCAAGAGCCUACAACUGAGAGAGAUUUAUUAGGCAUGUUGUCGCAUCUCAGUACUGACCUAAAGAAACAUUUGAAAGAAAAGCCAGAAACAACACAAUGUCAACCAGAUGAGGAUAUACAUCAUGGAAACUGCAAAGACGAUACACUGACAAGGGACUCUUUAGAUGACAUAACUGUGGAAGAGGGAAACAUGAAGACUCAUUUACUUAGUGUUGAAGAACAAAGACAGAUUCCGCUUCAACAGGUUUACAUUGAGAAACAGAAUGAAGUAUCGUUGGCAAAAAAGAGCAAACAAGAAAUUCCUCCAUUCUCUCACGAAGGAAAUAGGAUGUCCACUGAAGACAGAUGUUUUGACAGUGUGGAUGUUGGUAAAAUGAAAUCUGGUGAAAGUGGAUGCCAAACAUGCCCUGAGGAAAACAUUAGUUACAGGAGAGACUCAUUGGAAGAGGCUGAAGCAAACAUCUCACAAAGAGCUUCACCGGAUUCUACUGACUCUGCUGAAGGGACUAUGAGUAUGGCAAAGUCAAAAGCAAAAUUUGCUGAUGGUAAAGCUGAUCUUGAAAAUGUGAGUAGAGCUGCUACUCUUUCAACUCUCAACAGACAGGAUUGUUUUGAGGUUCCCAGUACUCGUAUUACACUACAACGACCAUCUGAUUUAGAGGACCUUCAGACUCAAGGGUUUGAUGACUCAGAUCAGGAGCCAUGCCAUCGGGAUUCAUUAGAGAACAGCCCUCUUAUGGAAGAUAGGUCUUCAGAGAGGUCUCCCGAUUCCAUUGAGCCAAGCCCUACCAAAGAAUCCCCAUGUCAAGACUCUCUUGAAGGAAGUCCUACUCAACAAAGGGAGGAACAAUUUCAGAUGCCAGUACAGACAGCUGUGUAUGAAGAUUACGCUUCCCAGCUCAAAGCAUGUUUUGCUUCUGACAAAGGUAUUUCCACAGAUGAAUAUGGCAGGAAUACACAAGAAAGCAUAACUGUAAUCCCACAAGUGGAAAGUAAAAUGAAGAAUGAUGAGUAUCCAAAUGCUACACACAAAGUAACUGGGGCCAGUAUGAGCUCAAACAAGGGUGUUCACUCACUCAUCAGGCAAGACUCUGUUGAUAGUAAAGACAGCGAGAAUGAUACCACCAAUAAGCAAUACACUCCAGAAGAGGAGAUGUUUAAAAUAGCUGUAAAGAUCAAAACAUUUGAUGAAAUGGAACAGGAAUCUAAAAUGAUGAGAGACAAAUUGUUGGAUGCCCCUUCACUAUCCGAAAAAGGUGAUUAUGAUGAAAGCAUGAUAAAUUUAAAAUUUGACCUAGCUAUACAGACUUCCUCAAAAGAUGUGCUGCACAACAGCUGUGAAAAAUACAUAGCAGAAAGCAGCUCUAUUGAACCAGUUGAUGAAUCAUUGUGGGUAACUGCUAGUCAGAAAGAUGUAGCUGAGGGAAGUGUCUCUGUGACCCUUGAAGCAGAAAUACACAAAGACACGACAGAAGGUGUGAAUUCCCUAGUAGCAGAAGCACAUUUUUCCUGCUCUGCCACAAGUGAGCAUUCCUUACUUGAUGACAUAGCAACUGAGCCACCAUUGACUUGUGAUUCAGAGUUUUUCUGGAAACCCCAGGACUACAGAACUACUACAGAGGUAGAAGAUGUCACAUUUUUUUAUAAAAAUGUAGCCUUGAAGGAAUAUACUGGGGCUGAGGACCAAAUGCCUCUUGGUGCUGCAGAGGACACAAAAACACCUGAAAAAAUAACAGUUCAGACACCAGGUGGGGAGAAAAGCCCAAGUCCUUUUCAGUUUCAGGAAGGGAAGCUAUUUGAAAUGACUCGAGGCGGAGCCAUUGACAUGACAAGAAGAACCUUUGAUGAAGAAGAGGGAGGCUAUUCAUUCUUUCAUAUUGGGGAACAUUCAGUUGAGGAAGUUGUUUUGGAGGCAACUGUUUCAGACCCAACCCCUCAAGGGACCCCAAAAUCACAGCUGACUCAGGAUGUCUGUGAUGUAAUUUCUAGUCCUAAAUCCGAAACUGUCACCAAAUCCUCUCUUGAAAAGUCAGAGCUUGAGAAAUCACUUCAAAAUGUUGAUCUCUGCAGCCUUACAGAUGUCAAACUUGCUUCUCCAGUUACAUCUAAGACUCUUACAGAUAUUUCAACAGAGGCUGAAAGCCUUGGGCUGUACUAUCUAGACACCACAAUAGCUGAUCUUCAGUCAGAAACCUCAGCUGCUGACCAUUUAAUGGACUCUGAAAAGAAUUGUUCAGACUCCUCAUCAUCUGAUGAUGAGGAGUUUGACGAAGAUGAAGACCAGUGCUCAGUCAUAGAAAUGAAAUACCAUCAAAGUUCACCCCCACCCCUGGAAAUCAAAGAAACACCCAAAGUUAGAAAGGAAACAUCAGUGAGAGAACCACAGAUUUCCGAGCUUGUUCAAGUUGAUGCAAAUGUAGGAGAAAUCCCAACAUUUAGUCGUAGAACUAGAUCUGAGGGGAACACAACUAAGAUCUUUGAUAAAAAAGGCAGGUGCUUUUCUGAGAGCAGUCAACAGUCUAAAAUAUUAAAUAUUUUCUCCUCCAAACCAGCUUCCUUUACCCACAAGAAAGCUUUACCUGAAGGUGUUGUAGCAAGUUGUCCUCCAUUGCACGGAAUAUCUGUGAGGUCUUCUUUAGAGACUGAUGACAUGAGCAGCGCUAGUCACAUGAGUUCAGAUUCUGUUAUAUUUACAUACGACAUCCCAGCCUCCCACAGUUCAGAUUCUGAUGGCAGUCAGUUGCCAUUUGUGCAUCCUUCUUGCGGAGCAGAGGAUGUGUUUGAGUCCAGGCCUGCCUGGGAUGACACAGUGGAAACUCAGAUGCAGAGAAUCGAUGAUGAUCAUGCUACAGAAUUUACAUCAGCUGACUGGCAGGAUGACGCUGACAGGAAAGAAGAGACAUUAGCAAUCAUUGCAGAUCUUCUUGGCUUCAGCUGGACUGAGCUGGCAAGGGAACUGGAGUUCAAUAAGGAUGAUAUUCAGCAAGUAAGAAUAGAGAAUCCUAAUUCCCUGCAAGAGCAGAGCCAUGCCUUGCUGCAACGAUGGGUUGAACGGGAAGGCAAACAUGCCACAGAGGACUGCCUGAUAAAAAGGCUAACAAAGAUUAACCGAAUGGACAUCGUACAUCUUAUUGAAACCCAGAUGAACAAGUCAGUUCAAGAGCAAACAUCAAGGACUUAUGCAGAGAUAGAAAAGACUCUUGAUCACAGUGAAGUCUCAGUAGCCCUGUCUUCAGUUCAGGAGGAUACAUAUAGCCCCAGAAUUGUGAGGAGGGUAGAGUCAGAUCGCAGACCACCCCCAGCUGUUUCUGAAGAAGACCUCUCAGUUGCAUCCUUACUGGAUAUCCCUUCAUGGGCAGAACCUGCAGGACAAACCCACUCCGAGAGCAUGCACGGAGACUUAUUGGAGGAGCUCGAAAUCCCACAUGAAUUGAACCCUAAUCUGUGGACCUUAGAAGAUGUGGUUACACAAGAAUCCUCUAGUCACGACAACUCAGAGGAGCAAAUUGAGCAAAUGGCUGACCUUCCUACUGAGUCAGUGACUGAAGAAACGUACAGGGAUGAAAAUGGGCAUUUAGUAAUCAAACGGGUUACACGAAAAGUAAUUAGAAAGUGUGUUUCUGUUGAUGGUGUGGAGCGUGAAGAGAUACCAUCAGAAGAAGCUCCUCAACAGUCUUUCACUAUAGCAGAUGGAGAUAGUUGCUCCAAGGACAAAUUUCCAAAAAGUGAAGGUUCCCCGUCAUCAAGGCAAGAAAGAGCUGAUUUAGAAAAGAAGACUGUGGUUGACGGUGAAAGAACAACAACUUCACAAGGAGAUCAAUCUUUGGCCUCAGACCUCCCAUCAGCCCAAAACGAUUUUCAACAGGGCCCCCAUGCGUAAACGUUCCAUUGACAGACGUAGCGCGAUGGAAGGGUUAAGUCCUCUUUGAGCAACCGGAGGACACCAGAAAAGGAUCAGUCGUCUAAAGUAGCAUCUCCAACAGAUCUUUCACUGCUGCCACGAAAACAAGGACAAUGAUAGAGACAAAACAGAGGUGGAAGAGCAACUGAAAGACUUAGUCUCUCCCCAGGUCCUAAGCUCUGUCCACGCUAAAGUCCCUGCAAAUCCUAUGCAUUAGCCACAUGCAAUCCUAGUGUGCACCUCAGAGACACCACAGUCUUCCCAUUUCUGUCCUGGAAGAUAAACUUUUAUUCUCAAUGAUAAUUUUUUUUUUCUGACUGAUUUUAUUUAAUCGUGUUUUUUUUUUUAAUAUAUAUUAUUUUCUGAAGUUGUUUUGCCUUUGUUAUGACCAAAGAAAGCCUUCUGUUGUUUUCCUUCUUGAUUUACUCUAAAUGUCCAGACUGUCAUAGUUUUGCUUUGAACAUGUGUUAGAGCAACAAGAAAACAAAUAAGAAACACAGAGAAACACUGUCCAUGGUAAAUAAUAAUUUACCUUUAAAAAACUGCUAUUGCUCUCUGGAUGGGGCCUCAGAAUGAAAAAAAAAAACAGUAAUUCACACUGCUCUGGCUCUAAAACACUUCUUUCACCAACACUUCAAGCCUUUUUCCUUGACUCAGGUGGUCAGGAUCUCUCAAACAGAAAAAUGGACUGUGCUGACACAAAAUGUAACUGCUUCUGUUGUGUUUCGUGUUGACCAUGUGUACUCUUGUCUUUGUAGUCAGAAAAAUAUGUUAUCUAUUAAAUGAAAAUAGCUAACAUCUGUAGCCUAGGAAUUAAUAAUCAGUCGCGUGAAGUAAAACUGGCAUGGCUAAUCAAUGCGUGUCAGUUAGAACUGAGCUUUGACUGCUUUGCUGCUCCGUGGAUUGUCUUUCAGACUUAUUUUUUCCUCUGUGUGUGUCUUUUUAUGUGCAACUAUAUUUAUUCCUUGGCUUUCUCUUUUGAAUUGCAGAUCUUAACUCACAAUGUGGGAAUGAUGAAUGUGUGCUGUUCAAGCUGCAGCAAUGAUGGCUAGUUUUCAUAGAGGAUUGCAAGCGUCACUGUUUGAAAACGUCUUUAUUCAAAUUUCAGGUACCAACAGGAGAAGAAAAAAAUUGGACACGUUUCUGUUCAGCAUAACCAGGCAUUUGCUGAUGUAUUUCAUGUAACAGCUUUAUCAGUUCACCUUUACAUUGAGAAAUGCUUACUGAUAUGUUUGAGAAUGAAUGAAGGUGUCCUGGUUUAUUUUACACAAAUCGCUUUUUGCACUCCCUGUAUGUCUGGUGGGAACACCUCCACGCUUUCUGUGCUCAGGACAUGAGGUACACUAGAUGUUAGCCACAGGGGCAAUCUCAUUGUGGAGGGGGCUGGGGGGUUGUGAAACAGGUGAUGGCUGAGCGUUGUUACUGUGCAUACCUGCGACAUGUACAGUAUAUCACUCUCACUGAUUAUGUUGUGAUUUAGGGGAAAACAUGCAAAUUAGUGGAAGUUCACUGUGACAGGAUUGCUUUUAAUUUACUGAAACAGCAUCCCUUUUUCUGUGAUGACAGUUAUGUGCAUAUACAACUUAUUAUAUACAUAUCUACAAGGGCAUGUAUUAUUGUAUUAAAUUACAAAAAACACUAAAACUAAAUGGCUGCAGUGUAUCUAUGGCUGGUAGAAAAUAAAAACCUACAAACAUA